UGCCUGGAAAGCCAAAUCCAGGGCAACAAAUUCCCAUUAUCGCAAACGAACGUGGCUAGCACACAUGAGAGCAUCAAGCUAACCAAGAUAACUACCAACCAAAUGGAAACAUAAGCGUAUUUUGGGGACAUUUUAACAUUGCGGAAAGACAUGCUGUGACCGGCUGUCACUGAUCGGUGUCCUCCAGUUGCAGCAACAAUGUUGCCCUCAGCCUGCACCUUGGUCAGGUCUGCUGUCAGGCUGCUUCCGCGGCGCAGAUGGAGUCCAGGAUGUAUUUGGUGCCAGUGCAGAAACAUUUCCGUGAAACCAGGAGGUUUGAAACCAAAGACGGUUCCACCUCGGUACCUGGGCCAGCCCAGCCCUUUCACUCAUCCACACCUCAUCAAACAUGGUGAGGUGACCCCAGGCUUGAGCCAGACCGAAUACGAGCUUCGCAGACACAGGCUGGCCUCACUUAUCGAGGCCCAGGGAGACAGACUGGGACCGUCCGUGUCCUCUAACACUCAUGUGGUCAUCGUUUUGUCCCAUCCGACCCGCUACAUGACCAAUGACAUCCCUUAUCCCUUCCACCAGAACCAGGAUUUCCUCUACCUCAGUGGCAUCCUAGAGCCUGACAGUGCCUUGGUUCUUCACGGGAAAGGGCGACCAGAUCAGGCCAUCUUGUUCGUCCCCCGUAGAGACCCGGGGAGAGAGCUGUGGGACGGACCCCGUUCAGGGAAGGAUGGGGCAGCUGCUUUGACCGGCAUAGAGAGAGUUCAUAGCACUGAAGAACUGGGUCUUGUGCUCAAGACCCUUAAAGGCUCUCUGCUUUGGUACGAUAGUUCUCAGCCUGCCCACCCUCGGCUCCACCAGGCUCAUGUGAGUCCUGUCCUGGAGGCAGGGCCGAUGCCACACUCUCUCAGACCCCUUAUACACUCCCUCAGGGCCCUCAAGAGCUCAGCCGAGGUGGCGCUCAUGCAAGAAGCAGGUCGCAUCACAGCACAGGCUUUUAGGAGAACGAUGGCCCUGUCUCAUGGAGACGUGGAUGAAGCUGUGCUCUUUGCUAAGUUUGAUUUCGAGAAUCGGAUCCAUGGCGCCAACUUCCUGGCCUAUCCCCCUGUGGUUGCCGGAGGGAAUCGAGCCAAUACUCUUCACUACAUAAACAAUAACCAGAUUAUAAGGGAUGGUGAACUGGUGCUGCUUGAUGGUGGUUGUGAAUACUUCGGUUAUGUCAGUGAUAUCACUCGAACAUGGCCAGUGAAUGGAAAAUUCAGCCCUGCCCAGGCCGAGCUGUACGAGGCCGUCCUGGAGGUCCAGCGCUCCUGUUUGUCUCUGUGUUCCCCGGGCGUCAGUCUAGAUCACAUUUACAGCACCAUGCUGGCUCUGCUGGGACGACAGCUCAGGCGGCUAGGGGUCGUCAAGGCCAGUACCAGUGAUGCUGAUGUACUAAAGGCUGCUCGGCGGUACUGCCCCCACCACGUUGGUCAUUACCUGGGUAUGGAUGUCCACGAUACUCCUGAGCUGUCCCGCUCACAGCCUCUACAGCCAGGAAUGGCCAUUACUAUAGAACCAGGUUUGUACAUCUCCGAGGACAAUGACCAGGCGCCAGAGCGUUUCCGCGGCCUGGGCGUCAGGAUUGAGGACGACGUGGUGAUCCGAGACAAGGGGGGCCCCCUGAUUCUGUCCUCUGACGCGCCAAAGACCAUCGCUGAAGUAGAACAGGCCUGUGCCCGGAGAUAGGGCAGGGAGAGACAGAUAAGUAACCAAGUGAGCCAUAGAUGUGAUGGGAGGCAGUGUGCUGACAUCAUCAGGCUCAGGGCCCAGGUACAUGAAAGGUGAGAGAACACGGCGAGGUUGAGGUUUUAGUCUCAUUUCAAAAUGAGACAUGAGGGCAGAUAGAUUUUGCAGACUGCACAAAGUCUUAUGAACACGUAAUUAAACAAGGCAUGCUCUCAUUACUCUGAAUCUUCAAUCACUGAAAUAGUUUGUGCAUAAAAACAAACAUUUUACACCAACAAAACACCAAAACAGAAAACCAAAUAAGCAAAUAUUAAGUGUGCUUCCACCCUCGAGGUUAUGCAGAGCUCAUCUAUGGUAAAGGGCGAUACACAGCGAUACCACAUGGAGACCGACUCUAAUCAUAUACAUAACUUUUAUCUAGUAUUGUGAUGGUGCUAUCAGCAGGUGAAAUCCAAUGCUGAACUGUAAAUGACAACCUAGGAACCGCAAAUAACCUCUUGCAUCGAGUGUGUUUUCAGCUUAGAUCCAGCUACUGUGGAAGACGUACAGUGUUUGCUCCACACCAUGUUUUUCAGAACAGCCACCAUCAUGGCACGCCAGGUUAUAAAUGUUUGUUUGUUGUCUCACUCAAAAAAACUCCUGAAGCCAGUGCACACACACACAGUUCAUUUUUCUGUUACACACAAAAAUGCAUCAUUCUUUCCCACCUCAUGCUACAGUACAAAAGAUCAAAACACCAGAUGUUGAACAUGCACUCACUGUACUGUAGGAUGGUCAGGAAAAAACAGAGGGUGUCAAUCAACAGACAGCCAGAUUUAAAGACAACAAGUGAUGAAUACAGAGGAACCUGUACACAACAGCUGCUCCUGAUGAACCUGGAAUGAUUAGAAUUAUGACACCAAUGCACAGAAUUGUGAAAAAUUGUAUAUUGUAUGUCUGUGUGGGGAUUUUUUCUUUUCAGUUGUGAGAAUGUGAUCUCUUUUAAGGAAAAUUGUAUUUAUAUGUAUUAAAAAGACCUUGUUAUUCUUUC